AUGCCGCCUUCAACAUGCCUCCGGAGCCUCUCUCAACUGUCGCUCGAUGCCGGCGCCCAUAGUUGUGUCACCCCGCGCAUGCUACGCCCACAGAUAGCCUGCUUUUCUACAUCGUCCGCCCGCUAUGCUGUCUCCCUCAACACGAAGAAGGGCAGGGGAGCAGCAGCAGGCGACUCGGGCAAGCGGCCAGCACAGGGAGAGCGGAAAGCCCAACGCAAGCGCAUCGUUCUAAGCAACGACAACGCAUUAGAAGUUUCCUCGCUCCGGGACCUCAGCAAGGACAAUGUUCUUAGCGAGCAAAACGAGGGCAAGGUCAUGGGCCUACCGCAAGAGAAUGUAGUGGAUGCGCUGCGAGCCGUCGAGGCAUUCAAGACAACCCAGGGAUGGAGUCUGUUUAGACGACCGGCAGUGUUGAUGAGGAAGGAGGCGAUUGAACUCGCGAGACUAUUCAAAGAGGCAGAGAGCUCCAAGAAGACAUUACGACGGAUCUUGUCUGGACAAAGAAUGAGCGGGAAGAGCACAUUGUUGCUUCAGGGUCUGACUAUGGGUUUUCUGCGGGAUUGGUUUGUGAUUAACCUCCCAGAAGCCCAAGAUAUCGUCAACGCUCACACAGAUUAUGCACCCCUUCCCAACUCGGAUCCGAUGCAGUACACCCAAGAUACAUACACGGCGAACCUUCUCCAGCAGAUCCUCAUGUCCAACGGAGCAUUCCUCACGGCGACCAAACUUAGCACACAGCCCGAACUCCCUCUCCCGCUUCCUGCAGGUGCUACACUGAAAGAGCUGGCUGCACUUGGCAUGGCCAACCCUGAGGCAUCAUGGCCCGUCUUUGUUGCGCUAUGGAAUGAGCUGUCUUUACCCGGUCGUCCACCUAUUUUGCUUGCAGUCGACGGUCUAUCGCACAUCAUGCGCCACUCGGAGUACAUGUCUGCGGAAGUGAAGCCCAUUCACGCCCACGACCUGACUCUUGUCCGCCAUUUCGUAGAUCAUCUUUCAGGCCAAAGGAAACUACCCAAUGGCGGUGUGGUGCUCGGCGCAACAUCACGAUCCAACGCACCCACCUCACCAGCGAUGGAUCACUGCAUCGAAGCAGCCGAAGCCCGUCAAAAGGGUGCAGACAAGCUACCACAAUGGAAUCCCUACAAGGACGUAGACGUACGCGUCAUGGAGGCUCUCAAGGGCCUCCACAGCGACUCCAAGGAAUUUGAUAUUAUCAACGUCGGCGGGCUGAGCAAGGAAGAGGCCCGAUCGAUCAUGGAGUACUAUGCUGAAAGCGGCAUGUUACGACACCAAGUUAACGAGGGCUUCGUGACGGAGAAGUGGAGCUUGGCAGGUAUGGGGAACAUUGGCGAGCUGGAGAAGGCCAGUGUGCGGAUGCGGUUGUAG